GUAACUUUUUUUUAAACUGAAAAUUGGGGAUUUUUUUUAAUCGGAGAAAACCAGGAUCCCUGGUGAUCAGUAGGUAAGGUGCUUGGCUGAUUGCAGAGGGUAGUUAGCAAGAGAGGGUCCCAUUGACACCCAGAUAAAAUAAUCCCCAUAAAAGAGAAAAACCUCCAUGUCAUUCACCAGACACUUCCUUUGUGGGGAAGACAGAUGGGAGUAGGUAUGGGGGGAAGUUUCUGUGGAUCCCAUCAGAUCUGUAUGGAUCAUGGGGAAUCGGUAUAAGACAUGUUGCCCCCUGGAUCCUGCCGGUCCCUGGAGAGCAUUGUCGAUGCACCAGCUGUGCUUCUAGAAGCAAGCUCAAUCAUGGCUGCCCCAGAGCCCUAUUAAAGUGGUACCACAUAAUUGCUUUUCAGCCUUUUGGCUAAAAUCAAGUGUGACAGGGGCACCUGAACUUCCAGUCCUAGGACUGCAUGUAGGAUGCCAGUCUGGAUAUAGGGAGCAUCUGAACUCCGAGGCCUGCAGGCCUAGGACGUUAGAUACUGGCCUGGUUGAAGUUAUAUUGGCAAUGGAUACCAGUAGGCACAGUUAUUGAGCUUUUCUCAGUUGGAUUUGGAAUUUAAUUGGCUAUUGGAAAUAAAUAAAUAAAUAUAUAUGGAAAUAUAUGUAUGUAUACAUAAGGUGGUGCCCCAUAGCACAGAAUGAGAAACAGUAUAAGUAAAUAGCCUAAGGUGAAUUUCUGUCCUUGGCCCCAGCUCACUCUGCAGAGUCUCCCAUGGAGCCAGAAUUUAGGAGCAAAGAGUGCAGGGGCAUGGUGCAAAGGUGAGCAUCAUCUCCCUCCACACCUGGCUCUGGAGGGAUGCAUGCAGUCUCAGGCAAAGACAUAUUUUGGGAGCAAAUUGAGCUCCAUUGCCACUCUCAUUCAAACACACCUUGUUCAGCCUCCGUUAUCUCUGAGGGGGCAACAAAUUUAACUUCUCCAGGCCCUGUGACACCCACUGGAAAAUCAAAGGCACUAACUGGCUCCAGCUGACUGAAGGGUUCCCCUGUACAGAGGCCAUGUGUUUCAUCAUAUACCAAGAGAGAACUGUGUCUGCUUGCAUGCAUGAGCUGUUGCAUGUGAAAGGGGCCCCUUCUAGAUCCGGUCCUAUUUGAGCUGACAGUGGUCUUGGGUAAUUUCACUGCUCAAAAUCACGGUCUUGCUCUAUUGCAUUGAUGUAACUGACUUGGAUUUGUGUCUCAUCUUAAAGGCUGAGUCUAUUUUACUCCAGACUAUGCCCAGGAAUAGGGGGGGUGAGGAACAGAUCAGCUCCCCCUUUACACAGAUCACUUCUAAUCUCCCUGCAUGAAGGAAGUAAAAGGCAUUUGAAACAGAAGAAAGGAAAUUGUUUUUCAUACUGUGCAUACUUAAGUGUGGAACUCACUGCCACAAGGUACCUGGAGAACAAGAGAAUUCACAGCGGAACAUCCCCUGUUAUAUUAGAUUAAAAAAUUACAAGGGCUGUUACCUCUCAAGCAUCAGAGAUUGGGGCAAACUCUGGCUGAUGAGAGUGAGGAAGAAAAUGGUGCAGUUAGUUUGUAGUUUUCUACCCUGGGGUUUCUCCUUGAAGUAUCUGCUGCUGGUCAGUGCCAGGAACAGAGGGAGGGGAGCCAUCAGUGUGACUGCAGAAAAGCUCAGCUUGGCUUAGCAGAGAACUCUUCAGUGAGCUUAAACACAAAAAGGAAGCUUAAAAGAAGUGGAAGCUUGGACAGUUGACUAGGGAGGAAUAUAUUCUUAUACUGCUUGGGCAUGCAGGGAUGAAAUCAGGAAGGCCAGAGCACAAUUGAAAAAUCUUGCCUGAUUUUAGGCAGGGUAAUGAUUUGCUGGGCCUCAAGUUACCGCAGGGGAAAGGAAAUUAGUAGCAACAAUACCCUGUGGUUCCCUUUCAUUCAGGGCUCUUGAAGGUGAGUAAAGUAUCAUCAUCUCUCUUUAGACUAAUGGGAAACCAAGGUGCAAAGCAGUGAAGUGACUUGUCUAAGGUCAUAUAAGUCAGUGGCAGAGCUUGCAUUUGGCUUGGCUCUCCUGACUUCCAGUUUCUUAUUAUAAACGCUAGAUGCUGCUGCCCGGACUUCUCUGUCCCAGCCCCCUGGGUUGUGAGAGAACUACGCCUCCACAGAGCAGCCCAGGCAAGGCUGACUUGCAGUUUCUUGUUCAGACUCAACCAGAAGAUGCCUAGUCACUGCCCUUUUGAUCAGGUGCUGCCUGGCUUUGCCUCAGUGGAGAGCCAGGUUCAGAGGUGACCUUGGGAAUUCCUGCUUCUCCAGGCAGUGAGGCGCUGGAGCCUCAUGAAGGUGACACUAGUGACUGUUUUUUUAGGGCAAGGUGCAUUUCCCUGCGCUCAUGGGCACCCUCUAGUGUCCAUCGCAGCAUUGCAGGCAGUUGCCUAGUAGGGGGACAGGGAAGGAGUCAAAUGAGGGGUAGAGACGAGUCCUGGUGAGGAGCCAGGGGAUACCCUGAAGAAUUAGGGUCAGCUGUCAGCCCAUGUCACGAAGCCAGGCUGAUGGGAGUGGGGGGUUGUAUGCAGAAAGAGAUGCCCCAUGUGUCCUGGUCUGCCUGGUGAGGGCAAAGGCAAAGCCCAGCCCAUGCUAAGGAUGCCAGAGCCUAGUCUCCUGACAACGCAUGUGAGCUUGUUCCUGUUUGCUGAGGCCUUUGUAUUUUGAUGGGUGUCCUGAAAAGCAGGAGAUGUUUUAACCUGGCCUGACAGAGCACAGAGCUGGGGUCAUGUGGAUCCCCUCAGUGCCAGGUGCUGCACAUGGGGGAGUCCCUGGCCAGGUUUGGGGGUGAAGGAAUGCAGGCAGAAGUGGACAGCAACCUGGAGAGUAAAGGCACAGCAUGCCAGAGAUCCCACUGGAAGCAUUCACUGCCUUUCUAACUGGAUGGUUCACCCAGAUGGAGUAAGAAAGGCCACUGGUCCAGGAUCUGAGAGACCUGGGUCCUUGCUGUGCCAGGGCUGCGGUGUGACUUCAGGCAAGUCACAGUCAGGGCUAAUCACCAUGGGUAAUAUUAUCUUCCCUCAAAGGGCUAUUGUGAAGCUAAAACCCAUUUGGGAUGAUGUGGCCAGUGAUAACUCCAGGGCUUUAUCUGGACAGACACAGGAACAUACCUGGGUGGGGGCUGCUAGCAGGGUGGGCUGGGCAAAACUACCUACAGGGAAUGUUGCCUGAUUGGCCCUUUGCUGCAGGAGAAGCUGUGAGUGAUCUGAGAUUCAUGUGUUGAUUUCUUUGGGAUGGGGAGUGAGGCAAGUUGUCAUCCCUCAUUAGGAAUUGUUGUAAUGUGAUGUGCCGGAGACAUCACAAGAAACAGAAGGAAGUGUUUUCAUGCAGAUGAGUACAGCACACACCUGAUAUGGAAAAAGCACAGAAUUUACCAACUUAUUGCAGGGAUGACAAGCUAGGCUAAGGACAGCCUUUGAAGUUCCUGACAGAGUCCCUGAUGUGAAGGGAGCACCUAGAAAAGAGAUUGCAAAACUGACAACAGGGUGGCUGAAUUACAUGGUGAACUGGUGAAUGCUGAGUACCUCAACUCCCCUGGUUCCAGUUAGAUCUGAGGGUGCUCCACACCAGACAGGAUCAGGACCCCCAUGCAGAUGCCAAAAGACAAUGCCCAGCUGCAGGCAGGAAGUUGUCGGGGUGUUUGUAAUCCUUCCCACCAGACAUGCAUUUGGGAUACGCACCAAGGAGACUGUGUUCCAGGCUGAUGAUGAAAUAAAGCUGGUGAAGUGAGAGUUGAAGGAUAAAGCUGUCGUCUAUGGCCCUGAUCCCGUGAUGAGCCACCAGUCAGCUUGGCUGUAACAGUAUCUCUGCAUACAUCGCAGAAGAGAAGCCCUCAAAUGUGCUGCCGCCAAUUCACCUGGAUGCAUCUCAGAGCUGGGAGGCAUGGGGCGUGAGGCCUGUCUCAAUGGAUAUCAUCGUCAACAUCAAUAUGAUCCACAUCACACCAGUGAUUUGCACUGAGGGCUUGUUCAAAGGAGCAGGGAAGGUGCUGAAGCCCCAGGGUGUGCUGUUUACCUAUGGGCCCUAUGCCAUCAAUGGGCAGAUCAGCCCACAGAGCAACGUGGACUUCGAUCAUGCUCUGAGGCAGAGGAACCCGGCCUGGGGUCUUCGGGACAUAGCUUGGCUGCAGCAGUUGGCUGAGGCCAACGGGAUGUGCCUGGAGAUGAUGGUGGACAUGCCAGUGAACAACAAGUGUCUUAUCUUCCGCAAGCAGUGACCCCCUGUCCCAGCCUCUGCUCCAGAACUGCCUUCUGCUUACCUGGAAUCAACUGCAUGUCAGUGUCUGUGAUGCUCUGUGUGGCUUGUGAUGUCCCCAGGGUGCUGGAAGAGUUUCUGUGGGGGCAACCCCCAGCUGAAAACUUGGCAGCAGGACUGCUGUGUGGGAAGUAUGGGUAUUACUGACCCCCUGCUGUCUGUUCUGGAAGCCCUUUGGGGAUGGGACCAUUCAGGCAGGCUCUCUAUUGCACUCUUGCCUGCUCCCCUGCUUCUGCCCCCGUGAGCUAUGUUUCACACCCUUAAUGCAGCUGCCCAUAGUCAGGCCCUAAGUGUUGAUGGGUCCAAGGAAGAGCAAACCACAUGGUUUGGGUCACCUCCCAGCCCUGAGGUAGGCCUAGCCCAGCCUCAGCCCUCUCCAUUGACUAUUUCAGAUCUCCCACAAGCCUCCUUUUCUUUAUAGUUCUUUAGUUCUUCUGCCUGUGCCUGCCUUCCCCUAAGGGCCAGUUUCUCUGACUCUGCUGAAGGUACAGUGGGCUUCAUGGCUGUGGGUCCCUAGAACAGGGGUUUUCAGCCUUUGGGGUCAGCGUACCCCUGGUGGCCAAACAAAGAGCGGGGGGGAGUGGGUGCACAGCCGAACACGGAGUGGUGGCAGAUGCUGUGUGCAAGCUUGCCCUGCGUCUGGCAGGCAGUGCAGGAUGGUGUGUGGCAUCACUUUGUCCCUGCCCGACCCUGUGUACCCCCUAGGGCAGGGGUUGUCAACUGGUAGCACGCGAGAAGGCCCUAGGGGGUACGUGCGGGCGAGGGAAACGAAGCACUGCCACGCACCAUCCUGUGCUACUGUGCAGGCACCACCCACCCAUCCAGAUGCUAGACGUGAGGGAAGCUCGCACACGGCAGCCCCCCCGCACCCCCCCACAUCUGGCAGCCAGGGGUGCACCGAUCCAAAAAGGUUGAAAACCCCUGCUCUAGGGUCUUCUCAAGUACCCCAGAGGUACACAUACCCCUCAUUGACAACUGCUGCCCCAGAAGAUUGAACCACUUAGGUAGGGACCCAGUGGAGGUGGGUGCCUUAUAUUAAGCAUCCCAAGUUUUAGUAUUCCAGCCUUUUCUCCUUAGGAGCUAAGGCAGCACGUUGAAGUGCCUGGCAGCAGGCACCCCCCUUCCAAACACUGCCCCGUGGCUCCUAGUGCUGAAGGGAUUGAAAUGCACCCGGCCAGCUGGUGUGCUGGUCUGAAUCUCCCCACCAGGGGGCAGCAACUCUUCAGAGGACAUCCCUGUUGGUUGGGGGAGAACCGGGACCUCUGAACAGCCCUACCCCGCAAUGCAGCGUGUGGGCAGCCCACGGCUCACAAACAGGUGUCAAAGAAAAAGACCUUGUUUCCAGUGGGGAAAGAGGUGGUUUUGAUGUAGAAACGAUAUCCUGUCACAUUGAUGAAGUGUUCAUCCAAAUUGGGGCUGAAAAAUAGGGGUGGGAGUUUCAGCCAUGUGGGUGCAUCAGGAGCACCAGUCCCAUUAGGUACCCAAGGGACUCGUGGUCCCAAAACACUGGGCACUUUUGGAAAUUGCAGCUUUGCUCCCUUGUAAAAGCAAUGUCCAGCAGCUGCAGAAUGACUAUGUGGGGUGAUGGUUCCCUCCAGUGGUUGAGCUAGAGCAUUGCAGUGGGCUUCAGCCCAAAAGAGGGCUGGGUGGUUGCUGAGGAGAUGGCCCUGUGGAAAGAUGUAUGCUGCUGUGCUCAUGCCCUCUCAUGGGGACCUGGCCUUUGGCCCAGUAGAUACAUGCCUGUUGCUGGUUUCUUCCUGAGCUGACUGGUGUGUGGUGUUUGUCCAGCCCUAAUGCUGAGCUUUGACCCUGGGUUGCCAGGAGGCCCAUGGGGCUGGUGCGAUACUCAAAAGGUCAGUGUAAGGAUAGUGUUUUGGGUUGACCAAGGGUCUCCAUUAGCCCAGGCCAGGCCUCUUUCUCCUGGCAGCCAUGUGUGUAUGAGGGAGUGAGGGGCCUGUAGUUCCUCAGUAAUAUAUGCAAAUAUAUAUAUACUGACAUGGGGUGGAGGUGCUGCCAGCAGAAAGGGGUGGGGGAGGUGGCGUUCUGGCCAUCCACCUCUGCUCCUCUCUGCCCCCUCCAUCCCAGUCUCAGCCUUGCUUUAGCCCAGCCUGCAGAUGACUCAUGGUUUUCUGGUCCUGAGUCCCCAAGCAGGAGCCAGUACUUUGAGGCUCUGGCAGGGGAGGGGGCUAGUAUCUUAUGCCAUGUCAAGCCCUCUCUGAUAAGGUCAGAGUGACCAGCAGCCACAGGUCCACAGCACUGACCCUCGCUGAGCCCAUCUUGGGUAGUGUCAGCAGAGAGGACACAGGAGCUAGGCCUCCUCUCUCAGCCCUAGAGGAAGGAGGCUCAGCCCCACUGACGGAAGGAAGCUUAUCCUCUGCUUUAGCUGCAGCCUGAGAGGGGCUUCCUUUUAACAGAAUAACCAAGGAAGGCUAAUGAAGGCACGAUGGUCCAUUGAGCAGACCACUGGGGACUCAGGAGACCUAGGCUUUAUUUCAGACUCUGGUCCUGCCCUGCUGGGGUACCUGGGGCUGUUGCAUCCCUGCUCUGGGCCUUGGGGUCCUCAGUGGGUCCAGCAGGAAGAGCCACAGAGCUUGGGAUCCUGCGCGUGGGAACGUACCGUACGAGAUCACUGGUGUCUGCACAGUAUCCCUCAGAAGCCUCUUGUGACAAAAUCUGUUGCUGCCACAAGAGCCCUGUUCAUAGUUUUAUUUCUGGCCAUUCUCCAAAUAAAAUCCUGUCUGGUUUUCA